AUCAUUGAACAAUGCGAAAAAUCCCCCCAGGAGCCAGUCCGAGAUAGCUUCGACCAGACCUGCUCCAUCACUUCUUUAUCCCAGGCGAAUACGAGUGCAUCAGCCAUCAAGUUAGCCACCACGCGUACCACAGGGGGCUAACAGGGCUAAGCUUGGAUAGAGUAGCGCGGUAUUUUCCCCCACCGUCAUCAGUUGCAACACCGCGAGUGUCCGGUAGCGUGACACACUAACCGAUCGAGAAAACAGAUCACCGAGAUUCCAUCAAAUCUUACGAGAGGAAAUCGAAAAGUGUACAAGAGUUAACCCUCGUUUAUCCCCCCCUCUCUCCUUCCCUCUUCUCUUGUUUCACUGCUCUCCAGGAAAUCACGCGAGGGGAAAAGAUACAAAGAUGCGCGGCCACAUGAAUGUCUUCCGCCUGACCGGCGACCUCUGCCACCUGGCAUCCAUAGCGAUCCUAAUACUCACGAUCCACCUCCGCAAGAGCGCGGAGGGCAUCUCCCUCCUCACACAAAUGCUCUACUCCCUCGUCUUUCUCACCCGCUACACCGACAUUUUCAGCCCCGACGCCAGCGCGUACAUCACCAUCUUCAAGUGGACGUACAUCCUCACGAGCUUCUACAUCAUAUAUGUCAUGCUAAGGGUCUUCAAGCGAAGCCGUGAGGAGGAGAAGGAGUGGAGAGUGGCGGCAGGGGUUCUGGGGAUUAGCUUUGUGCUCGCGCCCGUGUGUUGGGGGUUGAAGGAGGUCAUUUGGACGAGGACGGUGCGGGGAGAUUGGGUCACUCAGGUAAGCCUUCCCCCCCGCAGGAUGAGAAGCAAAGGGAGAUGCGGUGCAUGCUGAGGUGUGGUGAUACCGCAGAUCCCCUGGACCUUCAGCAUAAUCCUCGAAUCCCUCGCCGUACUCCCACAAAUAUCGCUGCUGCGGUACACCGCCAUCCCCACCGCCAUAACAAGCUACUACCUGCUAGCACUGGGCGUCUACCGCGCACUGUACAUCCCUAACUGGAUCGUGCGAUACAACGACCCAACGGACGACUACUCCGAGCCGUGGGCCGUCGUAUUCGGCGUGCUGCAGACAAUACUAUACAUUGAAUUCGCGUGGAUAUACUGGCGCCGACAGCGCGUCAAGCUCCGCGACAACGGUGCCAUCCUCGACGGCGAGGACUUUAUUUCUGGUGGCCUGAUACUCCGCUGGAUCGGCAAGAUUGGGGGAAAGAGUGGUGAGAGGAGCACCGGGGGCGGGUGGAGGGGCAGGGGUGCCGGAGGGGCUGAUGGGAUCAGCGUUAGCGCUGACGAAGAGGCAGACCUGGUCGGUGGGGAGUUUGGUGAUAGUGAUGAGGAGGAUGAGGAUGAGGGGCUUGAGAGUGAGAGUGGGAGUGAGGGGGCGGUGGUUAGGUAGAUUUUUCCUUCCUUCUACGAUACGAGUUAAGACGCGGCAGGAGUGGUCCCGUGGGUGGGAUUUAAGGGGGGGGCAUGCAAUCUCUCGGAUUUUCUUUCACAUGUUUACUUAGUCAGUCAUCCAAUCAAGAAACAAUAGUUCAUGCGGGGUGAGCAAUGAGCGGUUCCUGC